AUGAGUAAGGCACCGUUUACAGUAGCAUUCUGCCCUGUCAGGAACCGGGCCAGCCCCGCCAGAUCGGCAAUCCCCGAUCGCCAACACUGCGCAAGCCCAGAGGCAAGCCCAGAGAAAUGCCCAGUGAUCAGCGCAGAACCACCAGACAGCUGCAAGAGCUGGAGCCUUCCCAAGGCCUGUUUCCGGACAGCGAGCCGUAUAAGCUCAAGCUUCCCUGGCACACUUUUGAAUGAAAUUUGUCUGACCGAGUAUGACGUCGACCUGGGAGACGUCACCUUUGCAGCCGAGAUGGUUACAAAACCAUUGCCUGACGAGCCUUUUUCAGAACAUUUGGGCUGGGCUAUCUUCCUCCUGAAAUCCUUUCUCUUGACUUCUUGGCAUUUCUGUAAGCCCACGCCAAGCACCCCGGUUACAAGCAGCAAGGCGGCCCAAAAAGCCCCUGUUCGGCCCAAGGACGAUAACGACAGUGAUAACGAAGAAGACCAGCUCCGUAGGUAG